CUGAAUCGUCGCGUCGUCCUCCACGCCAUCGACACGACGCCUGCUCGAUGGCGUGGUGAUGCCUGUUCCUCGCCGCUCGACCGAGCCAGGACGGCCGCGUCAUCGCCGAGAAAUGACUUAGUGAAGAAUUGUCGGGUGCGCCCGACGCACUGGUUGAUUUCCACACAGGUCGUAGCUCGCGUCCGGGUAGGCGCAGGCGUCGAGGAGCCGUGCGUCGUAGCAGAGGCUCGCGAUGGCCUCGUCCAGGAGCUCCGUGCCCCGGCCCAGGUCCCCGUCCAGCCGGUGGAGCGCCACGCCGGCGAGCCCGCCCCAGGUCAUCGUCCGCGCGCGGCCCGCGUCGUCCUCCCAGCGCCACGCGUAGGGCGUCGCCACGGUCGCGUCCGCCGCGCCCGCUGCGAUCGGCGCCACCUGGCGCGCGAGCCGGUCGGCCCCGUACGCGUCGUCGUCGUCCCACGUCGCGAUGACGUCGCAGCCGAGCGCGUCCCGCAGCUCCGUCGCCGCGCGCUGCCGCUUCGCGCCGAUGCUCGCGCGCCGCGGCAG